CGGGAGACUUUCGGUGGACUAUAAGAUUUACAAAAAUCAAAAAAAAAUCUAACAAGAGCGCGCGCCCACAACCAGUUCUUUAUUGCGAUUUUGCUUUCCGCACUCCACAACAUCAACAAAAAAGAGGAUCCACCCGGUGGGCUUUCUUUACUCUGGAAGGCUGCUUCAACAUGAGCGCGGGGCAGACGUACGACAAGAAGAUAGCGAGUAUUUUGACCGACCUACCAGGAUCUAUGAGUUGCCACCCGAACUCCAAGGACUCUCCCACUCUCCCCGAGUCUUCCGUGACGGACAUGGGCUACUACAGCGGACAGACGGGUCCGAGCCAUCACGAAUACUAUCAGAGUCAGGCGUACGGACAGCCCAUGAACUCUUACCACCAUCAGUUUAACCUGAACGGAAUGGGAGCCGCUGGAGCGUACGCGACCAAAUCUGAAUACCCUUACACAAAUGGCUUCCGGCAGUUCGGACAUUACAACAGAGAUCACCAGCAGCCCUCUCCUCCGAGCUCAGUGAAAGAAGAGCCAGAGCCCGAGGUCCGCAUGGUGAAUGGAAAACCGAAAAAGAUCCGCAAGCCGAGAACGAUCUACUCCAGCUACCAGCUCGCGGCUCUGCAGAGGCGUUUCCAGAAGGCGCAGUACCUCGCGCUACCCGAGAGAGCCGAGCUUGCGGCUCAGCUCGGCCUCACCCAGACGCAGGUCAAGAUCUGGUUCCAGAACCGCAGGUCUAAGUUCAAGAAGCUGUACAAGAACGGCGAGGUCCCCCUGGAGCACAGUCCCAACGCCAGCGACUCCAUGGCCUGCAAUUCCCCGCCCUCCCCCGCGGUCUGGGACAACAGCACCCCGCAGAACACCCCCAUCAGCAGGCCUCAGGUGCCGCAGCCGACUCACAGCUCGUCGCCGCCAUACCUGGAGGAUUAUAACAACCACUGGUACCAGCAGGGAUCCCACAUACAGCACCCGGGCACCGUGCACCACCCAGUCCCACAGCAAAGUGUGGGAUCUGUGUAUUAACAAAAGACUCAGCAGAUUUUUUCUCCUAAAAAAACCCGAAGUGUCUCUCCUCAAUGACUCUGAACGAGCGACGGUCGACUGGACCGGGAAGCAGGCCUGAAGGGAAACGUUGCUCUGGGUUAUCUGGAUGAUAAAAAAAAACAGUUUCAGAACUUUGGGUUUCCAUUCGCAAAGCACAUAAGGGAUUUUUUUUUAUCACCUGUGGCAGCAUAUUUAACGGACAUCUGGCGUGUUUUUUUAAAUUAUUUAUCGCUUCUGUUGUAUUUCUUUCACUCCUUUUGUAAAAACGAAUAUGCAAGGUUUUUUUUUUUUUUUUUUAAACAAGUAGCUAUAACCACACACCGAAUAAUCACACAACUGUGCGUGUAAUCCAUGCUGCAUUCAAAUAAAAAUGUUUGGAGCGCGUCCCCCCCAAAAAAGAAAAGAAAACUCAGGUCAUAUUUAUAUGGAUUUGUACAAAAACGUCGAAGGCUGUAAAUAUGUGUUUAUAUUCAGAACCACUAUGAUAAUAUUUGUUUGAAAUAGAACGACUGCACUGUGGUGCUUCCUGAACCAGUAUCACAUCCAUGUAAUUAAUUCACCUUCUGCCUUCUUGUCAAUUGAAUAAAGUUGUGAAAUUGCA